GCGCCGUCCCCAUGCUGCCGGCGCUCCUAACGCGAAGGCUGCUCUGCGGCCUGGUGCGGGUGUCGGCGCCCGCGGCGGCGCGCCCGACCCUUGCGGGUCCCCUCCCAGAAAGGAGGUGCGCGGCCGCCUCCUCGUCCCAGCGCCAGUCCUUCCCGGGCCGCGGGCUUCCUCCUGCCCCCACGGCCUGUGAAGACUCCCCAGGAGGCUUGGGCACCGAGGAGCGUUUCCUGUUCCCCGAGUAUGUGGUGGAGCCGGCGUCCGCGCCGACCCCGGAGGAGGAGCUGCGAGAGCUGCAGCAGCGACUGGAGGAAGAGGAGCGACAGCGACUGCGGCGGCGGGAAGAGCGGCUUCAGCGCCAGCUCCGCGUCGGCCGCCGUGCGCACCCGGGGCCGGAAGCUCCGGCCCGGACGGUGCCGCCCAGCGGCCUGUACUGCUCGGGAAGAGUUGGAAGAACAUUUUUGUAUUCACAAGAACAGAAGGAUGAAGCUGCCUUUUACUUUGAUGCUGAUUCACUUGCUUUUGACAUGGGAAAUGAGCCUGUUACCACCGUGCACCAACCCACCAAACGAGUAGAAUUGACUCCACAAGACGUGAAAGAUGCCCACUGGUUUUAUGAUACCCCUGGAAUUACAAAAGAAAAUUGUAUUUUAAAUCUACUAUCAGAAAAAGAGAUAGACAUUGUUUUGCCAACACAUUCUAUUGUUCCAAGAACUUUUGUGCUUAAACCAGGAAUGGUCCUGUUUCUGGGUGCUAUAGGCCGCAUUGAUUUCCUGCAGGGAAAUCAGUCUGCUUGGUUUACAGUUGUGGCGUCCAAUUACCUCCCGGUGCAUAUUACUUCCUUGGACAAGGCAGAUGCUAUAUAUAAGAAGCAUGCAGGUUAUACAUUACUCCAGGUUCCAAUGGGUGGAGAAGAACGAAUGGCUGAAUUUCCUCCUCUUGUUGCUGAAGACAUUACAUUAAAAGAAGGACUUGGUGAAUCUGAAGCAGUGGCUGACAUCAAAUUUUCCUCUGCAGGCUGGGUUGCAGUGACACCUCAUUUUGAAGACAGACUGCAUCUCCGGGUCUACACACCUCAAGGAACAGUCCUGACAGUCCGACCCCCUCUCUUGCCAUAUAUUGUUAACAUCAAAGGACACCGCAUUAAGAGAAGUGUGGCCUACAAAACCAAGAGGCCUCCUUCCCUUCUAUACAACCUGCAGAAAAAGAAAAAGUGACAGAUGUCGGAGGUUAUAUUCAGAAUAUGUUGAUAUUGAAAUUGUACUAAUAAUA